GGUGAGCGUGUGUCGUUUCCACUGAAAAUUUCACUGAGGGUGAAGCGACGGGGCGAGCUACGGAAUGGCAAUACGGUGGAAAUGGAUGUCCGAGGCGAUUCGCCACGAUAAGCCCGCAACCAUCUUUGGAGUAGCGCACGCAGGUCAACCACAAAAGAAGAGGCAAACUAACACACCUGACAUAUUCAUCGACAGCCCAGCCUUCGGAGUAGGCGGUGGAACGAACGGGCAUCCCACCGAGCGUCUUGAGGUCCUAUAUAUGCUGGUUCCCCACAUAUUUCCACGUCAGACGCGCGCAAAAAGGCUCGCGUUCCACCCUGCGGCACGUCGACCACGAUCGUCCUCAUGAAUUCCCGGCACAGAGGCAGUCACAGUCCGGACACUUUCCAUGCUUUCACAUCUGACAGUGGCGGAUUCCAAUCGAUGCGACAGGAAGCGGCGCCACUAGUUCGCCGCGAAUUCGCUUUCGACUAUUCAGGAGACGAGCACAUUCGUGCACCGUAUAUCGGACCGCUGGAUCCCUCUUACAGACGAGGGAGCCCACCGACUGAGGCACUCGUACCCACUUCAGGCUAUCGUACGAGACUAUACUCUCAUGGUGCGACGUCGUACGGACAGACGACGGGGUAUGGUUACACCUAUCUCACGCACGAUGUGAACACUGUGGAUCAAGCGGGCAAUUCAACUCUCGACACCAAUGCAUACACGGCCGCUCAAGACCAUGAUUGGCUACGAUAUGGCGCCUCCGUCUCUACCACUAACCCACCGUCAACAACUUGGGAGUCCUGGGACACAGAUCCCAUCCAUUACGGGAGUGUGGUCAAUCAUGCGGCGCACAUAGACGACCAGCCAUCUUGGCCCCACCCACCCUCGUUGCAGAUGGCCACUCCCUACAACAUUGAGGCGAUGCCGGCCUAUCAAGGCGGGUACUCUGAGCCUCACCAGGCGUAUUUCGAGGACCACCAUUACGCCAACGUCUCCGGACCCGCGAUGUUCCCUGGGCCAUCUGUCCCACCCAUCUGCCGGUGGGACGGAUGCAACACCGUGCUGAUCGACACCACUCCGUCGGGAGUGAAGCGUCACCUGUAUGACCAUCACCACCUCAGCCGCGCUGAAUGCGCGAGAGGCGCGCGGGGGUUCUGCAGGUGGGAGUUCGACGGCGGUGUUUGCGGGCGUCCGCUCGACAUGAACAGCUACGCGAAGCACGUCGCGUCUGUGCACCUCAAGAGUACGGCCAGGAUAUGCGACGACUGCCACAGCGUCAUCGGACGCGCGGAUUCGCUCACUCGCCACCAACGCGACCACUGUACCGCGAGACGUAGCUGGUAGGGGUGGUUUGAAUGUCUUGUGCAUACAUACUUGUAGGUCGAUCGUCUGGGUCUAAUCAUGCUGUUGCGUGUACUUAAUAGUAGUCGAUUGCGUUAACUUAUCCUGGUUGUAUGGCAUCUGUAUAUCUUGCGUUGACUCGGAACGCACAUUGAUAUUGGAAUUUGGAAGUUGAAUUCACUUCUGCGC